AUGAGCUUGACCGCGUCGGGCGGGUUCCAUUACCACAUCACGGGCCAUCUCGGCGAUGUCUUUUCCGUCUACAACGUCGAGAAGAAGGAGUUGGGCCAUGGCCACUACGGCACGGUCCGCGUGGGUACGCACAAGGUCACGGGCGCGCGCGUCGCGAUCAAGACGAUCCCCAAGGUCAAGGUCAGCCGCCCCGAGACGUUGAAGCGCGAAAUCGAGAUCCUUCGCUCGGUCAGCCACCCCAACAUCAUCAAGCUCUUCGAUGUCUUUGAGGACGCGCGCCACUUGCACCUCGUCACGGAGCUCUGCACGGGCGGCGAGCUCUUUGACCGCAUCAUCUCGCGCGGUCACUAUACCGAGGCCGACGCGGCCAAGCUCGUGCGCAAGAUCCUCGAUGCGGUCAAGCACUGCCACGACCGCGACAUCUGCCAUCGUGAUCUCAAGCCCGAAAACUUCUUGUUCGAGACGAAAGAAGAGAGCGCGGAGCUCAAGGUCAUCGACUUUGGCCUCUCGCGCAUGGACGCGGCGGGCGGCGACGCGUACAUGACGACGCGUGUCGGCACGCCGUACUACAUUGCGCCCGAGGUGCUUGGCCGCCACUACGACAAGUCGUGCGAUCUCUGGAGCAUUGGUGUCAUCACGUACAUCUUGCUCUGCGGGUACCCUCCGUUCUACGGCGACAGCGACCCCGAGAUCUUUGCGUCCGUGCGCUCGGGCAAGUACUCGUACGACACGCCCGAGUGGGCUGGUGUCUCCAAGGAGGCCAAGGACCUCAUCGACCACCUCUUGCUGCUCAACGCGUCCAAGCGCCUCACGGCCGAGCAGGCCCUGCAGCACCCGUGGCUCAUGGGCGCGGCGCCGGCGGUCGAGCGGUCGCUCAACACCAACAUCAUGACGAGCUUGAAGCGCUUCCAGGGCCACAACAAGCUCAAGAAGGUCGCGCUGGCCGUGAUUGCCGACCAGAUGACGGGCGCCGAGAUCAACGAGCUCAAGAAGACGUUUGCGAUGAUCGACGCCGACGGCAACGGCGUCAUCACCAUGCAAGAGCUCGGCGCGGCCGUGCGCGACAUGGGCCACGGUAUGCUCGAGAGCGAAGUGCUCCAGCUGCUCCAGGGCCUCGACAUUGACGGCGACGGCAACCUCGACUACAAUGAAUUUCUGGCCGCGACCAUGAAGCGCAACGAUUUCAACAAGGAAGAAUACCUUGUCAACGCGUUCAACUACUUUGACACGAAGAAGCAGGGCAUGAUCACCAAGGACGAUUUGAUUCGCUUCAUGGGCAGCGAAGAGCACGCGCAAGAGGUCAUGAGCGAGAUCGACUCGAACGGCGACGGCCAGAUCAGCUUUGAGGAGUUUGUCUCGAUGAUGCAGAAGCGCGGGCUCGGCGAGGACCUCACGCCGCGUGGCGACGUCGGUCCCCAAGGCUUUAGCGCGGUCGCCGCGCCCAAGUCGCCGGCCAACUCUGCGUCGACGGAACUCUAA